AUGAAAGUCCUCGUCAACGUGGCCGUUGCGUCGGCUCUGCUCGCGCCGUUUGUUGCCGCGCAGGAGCACACGGACGCCGCAGGUGCCGGUCAAGACGCGCAGCCGACGGCCGAGCGGUCGACGCAAGAGCUGCAGGCGCUGGCAACGAGCGCGCUCUUUGUCGAGACGUUUGAAGCAGCGACGCAGCUGGCCGACUCGCGCUGGUUCAAGAGCGCGCACGAGAAGUACGCGGGCCAGGACGUGCGCAUUGACGCGAUGGCGACGGACGCUGCGGCGCCCGACCACGGGCUCGUGCUGAGCACGCCGGCGCGUCACUAUGGACUCGCAGUGAAGUUGGACGAGCCACUGCACGUGGACGGCAGCGAGGGAAAGACGGAGCUCGUCGUGCAGUACGAGGUGAAGCUGCAAAAGGGCUUGAGCUGCGGCGGCGCGUACGUGAAGCUGCUGCGGCAGGUCGAGCCGCGUCCCGACUACUCGAGCUUUAGCGACUCGACGCCGUUUGUGCUGAUGUUUGGUCCCGACAAGUGCGGCGCCAGUGACAAAGUGCACUUGAUCUUCCAGCACAAGAACCCCGUGACGGGCGUGUACGAGGAGAAGCAGAUGAUGGACGCGCCGCGCAUCAAGGACGACGAGGACACGCACGUGUACACGGUCGUAGUCCGCGACGACAACUCGUUUGAGGUGUUUGUCGACCAGGAGUCGGUCAAGAGCGGGAGUCUGUUGCAGGAUUUCAUGCCUGCUGUGAUGCCGGAGAAGGAGAUUGACGACCCGGCGGACUCGAAGCCAAGUGAUUGGGUGGACGAGAAGAAGAUUCGGGAUCCAAAUGCGGUGAAGCCGGACGACUGGGACGAAGAUGCGCCGGCUCGUGUCGUGGACGAGGACGCAGUCAAGCCUGACGAUUGGCUGGAUGACGAAGCUGCGAUGAUUGAUGACCCGGAUGUGGUCAAGCCAGAAGAUUGGGAUGAUGAGGACGACGGGGAGUUUGUCGUGCCGCAGAUUGCCAACCCAAAGUGUGCUUCCGUGUCUGGGUGUGGUGAGUGGAAACGGCCAACGAAAGCGAAUCCGAAUUACAAGGGGAAGUUCUACGCCCCGUACAUUCCUAAUCCGGCCUACAAGGGCGAGUGGAAGGCUCGCAAAGUCCCAAACCCGGACUACUUUGAAGAUGCACACCCGGCACGUAUGGACCCCAUCGACGCUCUGGCCGUGGAGGUGUGGACGAUGACGGAAGGGAUUACGUUUGACAACUUUUGGCUUGGCAAUGACUUGAAGAAAGCCCAAGAGUUUGCAGCGCUGACGUGGGGCCCAAAGCACGCAGCAGAAGUCAAGGCAAGCGCGAGUGUCGAAAAGGAGAGUGACGGCGUUGUCGAGAACAGUGUGAUGAAGACGCUGGAGUCAUUUGCGGCCAAGUUUGCCACGUACGCCAACGCCAACCCCGUGAUCGCCCUCGGGUCAAUCAUUGGCGUGUCCGUACUGGCGAUGCUUGGCUUUUUCUUCUUGUGCUGCGCUUCAGGUUCGCCGAAGCGAGUGAAGGACGAGAAGGUCGAGAGCGGUGCGGAAGACGAGGUCAAGACGGACGUCAAGGCUGUGGACAGUGACGAUAAGCAGCAGAAGCUGCGGCAGCGUAAGAAGGCUCCCAAGGUCGACUGA